UUUCACUCUUUUUUUUUUUUUUUUUUUUUGUCUUUACAAAAUUUUUCCUGGUUGACAGGCCCAGCACCACUCAGACGCGCAAUUCAGCACACAUCAGCAAACCCAAAAGCAUACAGCCAUGGCGGACGAAGAGCGUGCGGUCAAGAUGGAGGAGGACUUGAGCGGCGUCGUUGAUGCUCGCCUGCCCGAAAUCCAAUCGCUCUCCGAGAGCGGCAAGGUGAACGAGGCCGUCGACCAGCUGCUUGCGCUCGAGAAGCAGACGCGCGUUGCUUGCGAUGCGUUGUCGACUGGCCGCGUUCUGGUCGCGAUUGUCAGCACUCUGUUCAAAGCCAAGGAUCUGAAAUCGCUCAACGAGCAAAUCAUCUUCCUGUCAAAGCGUCGCGGCCUGCUCAAGGGCGCCAUCGCAAAGAUGGUCCAAGAAGCCAGCACCUAUGUGGAGCAGAUCUCAGACAUGGAGCAAAAGCUCUCCUUGAUCGAGACGUUGCGAACAGUCACGGCUGGCAAGAUCUACGUCGAAAUCGAACGCGCUCGUCUCACGCGCACGCUUGCCCAAAUCCGAGAGGCGGAGGGCAAGAUUGGCGAGGCGGCCGAAGUGCUGCAAGAGCUGCAGGUGGAGACGUUCGGCAGCAUGGAUCGCAAGGAAAAGGUCGACUUUAUUCUCGAGCAGAUGCGCUUGUGCCUGGCCAAGCAAGACUUUAUUCGCACACAAAUCAUCUCCAAGAAGAUCAGCCCCAAGUUCUUUGACAAUCCCGACCACCAGGAGCUCCGCAUUCGAUUCAACCAACUCAUGAUCCAAGUCGAGCAGCACGACCGCGACCACAUGGCCACGAGCAAGCUCUACCGUGGCAUCUAUGCCACGUCUGCCGUCCAGAGCGACCCGGCCCAGUGGCACGCUGCGCUCCAGGCCGCUGUUCUCUACCUCAUUCUUGCGCCAUUCGACAACGAGCAGUCCGACCUCUUGCAUCGCACCCAGGCAGACAAGCGUCUGAAGCAGUUGCCCCAGCUCGAAUCCUUGCUCAAACUCUUCACGACGGCCGAGCUCAUCAACUGGGUUGACCUCGAGGCGACUUACGGUGCCGAACUUCGAAACGGCGACGUGUUUGCAGCAACCGAGGCUGGUGCUCAACGUUGGGAGGAUUUGAAGAAGCGUGUUAUCGAGCACAACAUUCGCGUCAUUUCCAAGUACUACACUCGCAUUGACGCUGCUCGACUGGCCGAGUUGCUCAACCUGUCUGUCUUGGAAUCCGAGAAGCGUCUUUCAGAGCUAGUGGUCGCCAAAACCGUCUGGGCACGCAUCGAUCGUCCGUCCGGAAUUGUCACUUUCAAGGAGGUCAAGGACCCUGCCGAGCGUCUGAACCAGUGGUCUCGCAACAUUGACUCGCUCAUGCACCUCGUGGACAAGACCACACACCUGAUUGUGAAGGAGGAGAUGGUGCACCGCAUUGCUGCCAAGUAAACAGAACAAAAACAACAAGCCAAAUCAAGUUGGUUCUUUUUUUUUUUUUUUGCGGGCAGUUUGUUUCGAGUGUAUCUUGGUUGUUUUGUUUUGUGGCAAAUGAAGCGAGUAGUCUCUCA